AUGGGAAAUGCACCCUCAUCCGACGAGGGAGAAAAUCCAUACCGAAGGCGGCUCUCCAAGCAUCAAGCCACGAGCAACUGGGUGCACAGUGCUGCGCACGACGACUACUAUGGGGUGCCGACGACGCCUCGGAGCAAACGCGCCCCCCACGGCGGCAGCCUGGAUGAUGCUAUUCCGACCAUACCAAGUUUCGCAUUUCUGCAGGCGCAGAGUAUGUCGACAAACCCCCCUGCUUCGUCUCCCGGCCAUUCGCCCUCAGCCGCAGCAACGGGCUGGUACAAAAGUCGCCCCAGCCGCCACAGCACGGUCGCAUUCCACCCACUUCGGAGCGCUCCCGUGUCAGGGCACGCUCGGGCGGUGGCAAGCAUGAAGCAAGAUGACGCGCCGGGAAAUGACGCGCAAAAUAAUCCUACCCAGCAGCAGCAACAGCAGCAACAGCAGCAACAGCUCGACGAUUGCUGUUUUUCCUCCCCGCCUGACCUAAGCAGCUCCUCGUCGACGGAAUCCUGGCGCACCUUGUCAUCGGUGUCGGACGCGAGCCGCGAGCUGCCUCUCUACAUUCGGCGCCGCUCCCUGCAGCGGAUACCGGGUCUGGCCACCCGCCCCGGGAAAGGAGAAGAUAUUCAUCGGCCAAGCUUGCGGACAAGCUUGCCCACGUCGCCGCCGUUACACCACCCUUGCUCUCCUGCACAAGACCACCCUGCUGCUCCCUCUCUCCCCACCCCUGUCCUGGACAGCGACGCCAAUGACCUCGGCAACUCUUCCGAGGUGGGCUACAAGCAGCUUGGAAGUAUAAAAUUUGGCUCCCUCCGGAUCACGAAUGGCUCGCCCCUUUCAAUGCGGCGAGGUGAAGGCAACAUGGAUCAAUUGGCGGGGCUCGAGGGCGAGAUCAAGGACAACAAAACGUCGUCUGAUGAUGCCGCCGACUCGCAGCAAAUCUCUUCAGCAGACCCUCUUCUCCCAGAGGAGCCAAGCGAUCUGAUAGAAAAACUUCCUACUGCGACCGACCCAGACUGUCCUGUCCCAGAGCAGCCUCUCAACGACAUGCACGUCAGUGAAACUAUCCGACCAUGGCAGGGCCGUUUUUCGAGCGAGACGCCACGGCCAUCAAUUGAAACCCUACGCCACAGAAUAUCCUCCGUCAUUGAAGUCAUUGACGAUGAGCAACUUCGCAUGGUCAGACGCCCACGAAGCGCACUCGUAACCGCCGACGACAGCUCCAGUAUCUACUCUGAGAACAUCAUUCCUGUCAUGAUCUCGGCAGACAUUGCUGCCGAGUACAACCAUCUCCACAACGACAACAGCAACGGACCGCAUUUAUCCUUUCUGUCUUUCCGGAAUCUUAUUCGACAAAACAGAGUCAAGAGCUAUCUGCAGGCAAAUAACAAACCGCCGGUCCCUGUCCCUGAGACGCCCUCUCAUCAAAGGUCAUCGUCCAAAGACGAUGCCUCCAUCAUAUCGACGGCAAGAACUCUUAGCAAAUCGCGUCGCAAGUUGGCCAAGAAGAAUCUUGAAGCCGCAUUGCCGCCUGAGCUCUUAUCGUCCAACACUGACACGCUCCAUGUCGAGGCUCCCAAGCCUAGGCCUCCACCACCGCCCGCAUCAAAUGAUCAACCCUCUCGCGAGCGGGUGAAAAGUCAUACCCCAAGCAAUUCCGACGGUCAAUUACCUCGUAUAAGCUCUUCCAAGUACGAGAAACGCCCUGUAUCACGCAUGUCACGGCAGAAGGAGCAUGCACUGCCCAAUCACUCUAAUGCCUACCAAACAAGCUCGGAUCAUGUGCCCGGCCUUCUUGAUAGAACAAGAUCUACACCGCGAGCACAGGUCAGUUUCGAGGGCUACCCGCCAAAGAAGAAGCGUGAAGCGACCAAAGCCCAGCAGCUGGAGAAGCUACGGCGGUCGCAGACCACAGAGUUCAAACCCCUUCCUAACCCCCCAAAACCUGAACUGCCCCAGAGGAGAAAACCAGUCAGAGUUCCUGUGCCAAUUCCUGGUAGCUUCGCCCCCCGAAACCACUAUGAGAGCUCCAUGGAGCCGCAACAUAACCCGCUUCGACCCAUGCCCUCGCACGUCCGGCCUCACACGAUACCCCUGGUGGCGCCCGCGUACAUGCCCCAUGAUGAUGACAACGACGACACCGAGCUGCGAGGGCUUUUUCCUGCUAAUGACAACCCAUACGUGUCGCCACUGAGCGACGAGGACGAUGACUUUUGGUCUCUCACAGCAGACGCAUCUCUCAACCAGAGAGCGACAAACCCGCGGUCCGCUUUCCGGCCCCGCGAAGUCUCGCCGAUUCGCCACGCAAAGUCCAUGUCCAACAUCCUGAGCAACGACGACAACGAGCGCCAUACCAGCACGGUGGCUCCCAGUACCCAUCUUAGCCGCGCGCAGGAACUGGCCGAGAGGUGGCGGCAGCAGCAGAAGAAGAAGCUUCAGCCGCUUCAGCAGCCUCGCAAGCCGUUGCUAGAGCAAGAUCGAGUGUCGGCCUUUUACGAGCCUAUUCCCCCUUCUCGUCCGACGACGGCGAGCGCCAUCGACGACUAUUAUAGCCCCCCCGUGUUAUUUGAGGAAGAACGAGACGGCAGUCUACCCCCAAUGGUGUAUCGAAACGGAACACGCCGGGGCUCCGAGAUUGCUCCCGCGAUGUGGCGACCGCCAUUUCGCGUUUUACAUAGCUACUAUUCGCCAGCGUAUAGAAAUGCGCCGAUAUGGGGAUAA